AUUACUAUGAGCCGGCGACCACCAGUGCCGCUGAAAUGGAGCAAGACAAGAAGAUGGAAGACGAAGAGAAGCAAGUGGAGAGAGCGGCUGUAGAAGAUGAAGAUGAGUCCCCAGUGAAUCUUCAUGCAACAGGCAAGCCACAAGCGAGGAGCAGCGGCGCGGUAUUAGUUGAUAAUGAGAUGGAAGAAAAGUUGCUGCGCGAGCAGAAGAAGACUGACGCUGAGCACGAGGGCGCACAGUAUGCAGACCUUUUUUCCUUCCUCGGCGUCGAAAUUUUUGGGAAAUCCGCAUUGCAUGACAAAAACAGACUCGAUACUCAUGACGUAAGUUACGCGUCUUCGCCACUUUUUUUACGGGAAGAUGCUCAUCUCCAUGAUCCCGCGUUGUUUCGACUGUGGCAAGGUCCCUACCUAGAAAGUCCUCCGGAAAAGCCCUCACAAAUGCUGGAGAAUGGUAUCUAUCGUUAUGGUCAACAUCUGGUGUCCAUCUUUCUGGGAACCUCUUGAUCCCCUUUUGCCUUGUUGUAUUCGCAUGACGUAGUACAAGGGGAACUACGAAGGGGGCCGAGAUCUAAAAAAAUGCUGACUCUAAUAUCGAAAGCCUACUGGAGAAGAAGUAUUGCAGGAACAAAAUGAAUUUGGAAAAAGAAGAGCGAUCUAUGAACAGCGUAAGUUGACAACGCAAGCUCGUGUCGAAACCUUGCGCUCUCUUGACCCGGUGCAAGAAGCUCUCUGUGACGUUUUCGUUUCGGAUUUUACCCUUGAGAAGCUUUGGCAGUUUGGCAAUAGAAAAGAUUCCGAGGUAGAGAGGAUCCGCUCGGACAAACAAGAUGCACGACAGGCUGAAAAGUUAACGAAAGAGCACUACCUUGGCAUUCCGUGGAACAGCUUGCUUGCUGAUUGGAUUGCUACUUACGUCCCCUCCUGGUGGUGGGAUCGCGUUCCUUUUUCGCCGAAGGCCUCGGCUCAGCUUGCUCCCGAGCCGCGUCGUGAAUUCGAGAAUUUUUUCGGGCAAACGUGGGCGCCGCCUCGUCAAUUCGAGAGCAGGGAAACAUUUGACUCCGGAAUAUUUGAAGACAUGAAUUGUCGGGAUCGGUUGCACCUCGUCACUGUACAAUUAAGGCAGUCCCUAGCCCAUCUUCAGAAGCACCUUCUUGGCACCGUUUUAAGGGGGGAAAAGGUUCCAGAAUGCAUCUCAAGAUGAAUUCGGGUGAGCUCUAAUACAAGCAAUCGUCGGCGAUCCCGCUCUGAGGAACCAGCGAUACUGGCGCUAUGCCGCACUUCGUGCGCUCAUACUGUGGCGUAGUAAGCACUUAUAUGACGAGUCCAACUCCGACUUGUUCCCGCUUCCGCCAGCGUCUAUCUUUCAAGAUGCCGAGACCGACGAACACUCGCUCAGGCCCCGUGGUGAAAACGGACUAUUCAGUUGCUAUUUCGCCACGAUAUAUCAUUACCUUAAGGGUUGGAAAAUGAUGAGUUAGGCCCUCUAUGAGCCUCUCUAUGACCUUUUCUUCAAAUACAGGAAAGUGAUAUGUGUCUCUAUGAGCAUGUCUAGAACCUUUUCAUCAUAAGUAGGAAAGUCAUAGAGCAGAUGCGAGAUAGAUCCUUGCAACCUCUAACUGCCGUGAGUUUGCACAGCAAUGGAAUGCGGUCCGUUUUGGCCGCUUCCCCCUUGUUGAGAGGGGAACAUGUGGCCUCGGCAUUGCUGAAAUGGACGGCCCUCACUACGAUUCAGACCGUUUACGUUUUCCGGGCACCCCAGCAGAUGAGCAUCCUCAUGCGGUAAGGACAGUGUCUGCUGCGCAUACUACUCGAUUAACAACUUCACUGACAGAGUUGGAACAAAACUUUGACGAGUCAAGUAGGGACGAAGAAGUAUCCCAAAGGAUAUAAAAAACUGCUCACUUCUUAACUACUUAGAAGAAAAAUCUAAAUCAGAAGUACCUUGUGGUCUAAAUAUCGCUUGCACAUGUUAAUGACGAUUCGAAUUUGAUGGAGCAUUACUAGAGGUGAACGACACCGAUACUAUGCUAUGAGACCUUCAAGAAUACUUAAAUGGGGUCUGACUUACUUGAAAAGAGGCGGGAUUGUCAGAUACACAAUACGAUUGUCACGAACGGCAACCCUAAUAGAUGUCUCAGACGCUCGCAUCCAUCUAGCAAUGUUUUAACGCCUGACACUCACCACGCACUCUUCUGCAGGUAGAUGUAAGACGCAGUACACUGACUAGUAGAUGUCAGACCACAGAAGUAGAGAGAAAGGGUCAGUAUCGAUGAAGCUACUACUCGUUUGAAGAUCCAAUAAAUAAAUCAUUGAAUUUAACAGGAGCGAGUGAAGAAAAGAUAAAUAAAUACGGAGAUGUACGCGGUCUUAGCGUAGCAUACAAAGUAGGUUCUAGUGUAACAUUACCAGCUCUAGGCUUCCUCUUGCUUUUUGGCUCUUCAGUAGCCAAUGAAGCUUGCUAGUUAUUUUUCUGGCGGGCCCCCACCUAACCUAACCUCACCACACGCUCAUCUGCUGCAGUCUAAUUCAUUAUAAUUGUUCUGAAGCUUGAAGGAGAUUUCUUUCUUUCUAACUUUCUCAGAUGAUUGCUCUGACUGUUUUAGUAGUAAGUUAGGCAGGUAGUUAUAAUUGGUGAAGUUUGUUCUCGUUUCAUAUCAAGGAAUCCCACUUCUACAAGGGGUUUUCACACAUAUUUAUGUAUGACCAUAGUUGUCUUUAUCACAAGUGAAUGUAGGGCGACAUAGUUAUCUUCACGAUGGUGCACCUCCUCUUCCUAAUUUCUUCGUAGGAAAAACUUGACUGGAGAGAAAACCAAGCCAUGGCCCCUGCAAGAUCGCAAGCCAG